UCGCGCUAGAAUUCAGUCUCGUCUUGCUCGCUCACGCAGUUGGCACUCGUCGCGGCAGUCGGCGCUGUCCCCUCCCCUCCCCUCCCGCCGGUCGCUGCAGUCGGCGCCCAACCCGUCCCUCCGUCCGCCAGAGCACAUCUCACGCUGCGGGUCGAACAGCCCGAACGUCAAUCAGGUUUCAGGCCGACGGCGGCACGAUGACCUGCCCCGCCGCCACCGCCACCGCCACCACGGCUCGCAUCGGGGCGCGGAGAGGACCGUGCCUGUGGAGGAGCGAGAGGAGGGCCAGCUUCCUCGUCCGUUCCACGUCCCUGCUCCCGGACCGCCCGGCCCGGGACACGAGGGCGCGCGCCGCCUCGGAGCUGCAGCAAGCGCCUCGACCAGCCUCCGCUACCGUCCCCGCUCACAAGGUCACCGUCCACGACCGCCAGCGCGGGGUCAUCCACGAAUUCGUCGUGCCCGAGGACCAGUACAUUCUGCACACGGCGGAGGCGCAGGACAUCAGGCUGCCGUUCGCGUGCCGCCACGGUUUAUGCAUCCGGGGGCUCAAGUUGGAUACUCGACAGCGGGUGCACAAACCAUAUGACUGGGGAGAAAAGAAUGUUCUCCUCAUAUGAGAAAAACCAAGAUCCCCAACGAGCUAUCACAUUCGGGGAUGGAAAUCAAGGUUUGGUCAAAGGACUUGGUAAAAUUGCUAUAUCUCCUGACCAUUCUAUUUCCAAUGUUUUCUUGUUGAUUCUUUAGAUUACAACUUGCUUUCUGUUUCUCAAUUAUGUCAAAUAGGCUACAACUGUCUUUUUACUGAUGUAGGUGUCACUGUCUUUAGAAGAAGUAAUGAUUCAAUAGCAUUUAAGGGUGUGUUAGAGGGUCAGCUAUACUUAGUAGAUUUUGAUAGAGCUGAACUCGACACAUGCUUAAUUGCUAAGACUAACAUGGGUUGGCUCUGGCACCGCCGACUAGCCCAUGUUGGGAUGAAGAAUCUUCAUAAGCUUCUAAAGGGAGAACACAUUUUAGGAUUAACAAAUGUUCAUUUUGAGAAAGACAGGAUUUGUAGCGCAUGUCAGGCGGGGAAGCAAGUUGGAGCUCAUCAUCCACACAAGAACAUCAUGACGACCGACAGGCCACUGGAGCUCCUACACAUGGAUCUAUUCGGCCCGAUUGCUUACAUAAGCAUCGGCGGGAGUAAGUACUGUCUAGUUAUUGUGGAUGAUUAUUCUCGCUUCACUUGGGUAUUCUUUUUACAGGAAAAAUCUCAAACCCAAGAGACCUUGAAGGGAUUCUUGAGACGGGCUCAAAAUGAGUUCGGCUUAAGGAUCAAGAAAAUAAGAAGCGACAACGGGACGGAGUUCAAGAACUCACAAAUUGAAGGCUUUCUUGAGGAGGAGGGCAUCAAGCAUGAGUUCUCUUCUCCCUACACCCCUCAACAAAAUGGUGUAGUGGAGAGGAAGAAUCGAACUCUAUUGGACAUGGCAAGAACCAUGCUUGAUGAGUACAAGACACCGGACCGGUUUUGGGCCGCAGCGGUCAACACCGCCUGCUACGCCAUCAACCGGUUAUAUCUUCACCGAAUCCUCAAGAAGACAUCAUAUGAACUCCUAACCGGUUGCUGCACAAGCUGUGCAGUCCGAAUAAAAUCAGGACAGAUAAGGCAGCCUGAAGCACUUGGGAUAUCUGCAGAACUAAAAGAUAAGGGCUAUGCUUUGUUGUGUGUUGGUUUCCCAUCUGGCGAUGUUGAAGUCGAGACUCAAGAUGAAGAUGAGGUAUAUUGGCUCCAAUUCGGGAGAUACUUUGCACGAGGGCCAGUGGAAAGAGAUGAUUACGCGCUAGAACUUGCAAUGGGAGACGAAUGAGCUGUGCCUAAGAGACCUUGCCAUCUAAAAUUUGAAUACCAUCUCAAAUUUGGACCCAUGUAGUUCUGAGUAUGCCGGUUAUCUUUUUGUGGCUCCAAAUCUCACUCUCAGCCUUCUUUCCUUCGGCUGUUAGCGUUUAGAGUGACAAGGACACUUCCUGAGAGGAGGAAUAAAGUUCUGCUCUGCUCUCUAUUUUCCAGGUUGCCCCCUUCC